AAACUUUCCAUUUCAUACGUAGAAAUAUUUUGUUUGCCUUUAUGAAAAUGCUGAUUGCAAUCUUCCGACCACUUCUGAUCAAUAUACAAGUCCGGUUGUAUAUCAAAUCGGUUUUCAGCUAACAUUGUCAUUUCAGCUUUAUUGUUAAGCUAAGCUGGACACUUAAUUUGUUGUCUCUUCAGGAUAAAAGUAACUGCGCAAAGGAUUCAUUAAGAUAUUGAAAUAUAGAAACGACAAUCAUGUAUCUUCAAUUGUUGUUACUAUCAUUGGUGUCUGUAACUAUCAUAAGGAGCGAAGUUGUUGAUAAACAUUUCACAAAGUGCAAUUCAUUCUUUUACCAACGUACACCACCGCGCGGCUUUGAUGAUGAUCUAUCGGCAAUAUGUCAACGGUAUGAGAACAGUUACCACUUUGCUACGCUGUACAGUUCUAAUUUCAGAAUACCCAUGUAUUCAGCGUAUACUCUGGACCUUUCUUCUUGUCCUCCAAAUCAACCAAAAAGACGAAGUAAAUGGUUUAUUGAACCUCAGCUUUCUGGAAGUGGGCGUCAGAAGGAUAUGACAACAGAAGGGUCAUUGGCUGCCACAUAUAUGCGAGCACAGGCGAUAAAUAUUGAUUAUCCUAACACCAAUUAUGAUAGAGGUCAUCUUAAUCCAAACUUCUACCAAUGUAAUGCUGGACGUACAGCUACAUUCACACUCACAAAUGCUGUUCCGCAAGACCCUUGCUUUAAUCAACAAAUAUGGAAAGACAUGGAAAAGAUGUCAAAAGAUAUUAUGACAGCGCGUUGCAAUUUUGCUGGAGCUAAAAGAUAUUUUGUAACAGGCGCUGUCCCAUCAAGAAAGAGAAUUCCGUCUGAGUUGGAUGACAAAGAAGGUGAUGAAGUAAGAAUUUAUAACAGAGUGAGUGUUCCUUCAAUCAUGUGGACAGCCGCCUGCUGCGACUCUUCAAAUGCUGUGCAUGUCCAAGACAAAAACAAAGGCUUUUCGUUUGGAUAUUAUGGUGAAAAUGUACCAGAUUCUUAUGUCAUUCCGUAUACAGUAGAUACUCUGGAAAGAACACUUGCCUCAAAAUAUGGAAUUCAUACGUUAGACAUUUUUGCUGACUCAUGUUUUUCUAAUUCAGAGACUACUAAAAGUGUACUUGCGGCGCUUGCUGUCCCAGUGGAACGUAAAAUUGCAGAAACACUCGUAAAUAUGGCAAAGUCAAGCGAGUCGUCCCUACCACCUGCCAAGAGGAAAUUCAUAGAAACUGUCAAUGUAAAUGUUCAUAAGAAUGACGCGAUGGCAUUAAAAAAUUGGAGAUUUGUUGAUGCUGAUUUUGGAUUGAUUGACAAACGCAGUGACAUUCAAGGGACAAGAAAUUUGUUGGCCCAUUCUGCAAUGACAACUAUUCUUACUUGCCCAGCUGUUGGAAAAGUAAAGGAAAUCCAGUCAAAUACACUCUUUUGGAUACCUGGUGAUUCUAUACAUGGCACGUCGUAUGAACAACAAAUGUUGAAAACUACUGUUGAAAGACAACAAGUUAACAAAACAGAAGACGUUAUAAAAGAAACAUCUCUCUCAGACACAGAACUAGCAAAUGAGAUGAGCGACCAGUACAUUGUUGUUCCAUCACAGGAAUCCACACUCACUGCCACAGGUUCCCGAUGCAGGCACGGCCACUCAUGUGAUUACCAUGGUUACAAGUACAAAUGGUGUUACACCGACUGGAGUAAGAACUGGGAUUACUGCUGUAUCGACGCGUGUGGGUUUGGGCAAAGCACAAGUUACUCUUGGUGCUAUACAAGCCGUGCCAAACACUGGGCUUAUUGUUCACAAAGAAGUUCGAUGAUCACUAUUUCCGGAAAACCAUGCAGAGCUGACCACGAAUGCGGAACACAUAGCAGAGACAGCAGUUCGUAUUACUGGUGUUAUACAGACACGAACCAGAACUGGGACUACUGCUGUCAGCCUUGGCAUGAAUGCGCAAAACAUGGAAGCAGCUACAAAUGGUGUUACGUUGGUAACAAGAAAAAAGCAAACUGGCAUAAAUGUUAUUACUAAGCAAACAAUGUAAGAACUAAAUGAGGGUAUUGUACCAAAUAUUUCCCAAAUAAAAAAACUAUGACAGUUUGAAAUACAUCUCUUUUUUUUCCUUUUACUAGAAAUAUCUUCUUUGACUUCACUGAAAGUAACGUGUAUAUUGAUAAAAUUAUAUCUGUGAUCGCGGCGGUUCUUGAGCAAAUGGGCAGUAACUAUUAUAGGGCUUGGCACAUUUUGUUUUUGAGAAGCAUGGCUGACUGCAGAAUGGAUAUGUAUAAAAUUUGACGCACAUAACCUAGAACAAUUUGCCCCUACCCUGUAAACAAGAUAUUAACACUUAUAAAAGUUAAAGAAAAGAAAACAAGUAUGGCCACAAUGCGUUUGGAGUAAAUAGAUUAUUUGUAUUCCAACAAGGCGGACACGUUUGACAAUAAUUUGCAAUGUAAUAUUGAAAAGGUUUUUAAUUAUGAGAGACUGUAUACAUAUAAACACUUAUCUGAAAUAGAGUUAAAUAUAUUGUCUCCGUUUCAAACAUACAUCGUUAACUGUUCUGAAGUAUUAUGUUACAUUUUUAGCUAAACUGAACUGAAGGUUCAGAGUGAGCUGUUAGUAUAGGUGGAUGGUCCGGCGUCCACCGACCGUCGUCCUUUCUUCGUCGUCCAUCGUCUACAUUUUCACUUAAACAUCUUCAUCUCUGACACUACUCGUCAGAAUAACACCAAAUUUGGUCUGUAGCAUCCUGGCGAGGUCCUCUAUCAUGUUUGUAUAAUGGAGGCACUUCCGCUAGAGCUGAAAAUAGCAAAAACUUAAA